GUGUUUCUUCAUGUCAGACUUCUGGUGAAACCUCUUGCCGCAGUACUGGCAGGGGUAAGGCCGCGUGUCGGAGUGGAUGAGGAGCUGCCAACUGUUCGGAAACCAAAGGGCAYGUGGGAAAUGUCUGCAGCAGCCAGGGAUCUCGACAAAGGGAUGGAGAGGGUGUUGUACACUUGGUCCCGCAGACUCCCUGACAUUAGGACAUCUGAAAGAGACUGAGGAGAAAGGAGCAAGAAGAAUGAGAUAAAUUCAUGUUGGAUAAAGGGUUCAGAGGAUUCACUUUGCACAGAAAUAGAGCGGACAAUCCCUGACCGGUGAUUUGAGGUCAGUGUGUGACGUGUGGUUGAGCAACAAGAAGACGAGCCUCUCCAGUUCUCUCUCUCGGUCGGAUUGUUGUCGGUCAGAUGACCACGGAGCGACAGUUUGAAAGGAGUUCAAGGCUGUGGUAAAGCAUUCAACAGACCAUAAGGUCCCACCACUGGACUGGAAUUCUCAGCAGCAUAUUCUCCGUCUCUAUGACAACACUUGAAAAGCCGGCGUGUCGGCCAGCUCAGGAGGAGUUUGUUUUUCACCACAGAACCGGAGCGCUCCGGCCUCAGCUCUCUGCAGAGUGGCAGAGGAGGAACAGCAGAAAAGUUGUGGAGCACGUUUUCAGCCAGGUAUCUCACAGACAUCCUUCAGACUGGACCAUGUUCUCCCUGUCGGAACUGGCGCCGGUGGAUCCGCAUCAGAACACGUGGAAGCUGCUGAAGCCCUGGUGGGAAGUCUUCAUGGACUACCUGGUGGUCCUGAUGCUGAUGACGUCCGUCCUGGCUUGUACUGUGCAGCUGUCCAGGGACAGGGUGGUGUGCAUUCCUUCUGAACCGCCUUUCAACACAAGUGGCGGUGUUCACCAUCCACCAGUUGGCAGCAGCGCAGUCCUCGCGUCUUCUGAAGCCCCUCUGSAUGUUCCUCACAGCAUCGGCCCAAAUCUUCAGUCACCUGCACAGGGACGCCGCACACAUCUGGUCUACCAGCAGUAUGUUUAUGUUAGCCAGGUUUACUUGGCUCAGACGAUGUUUAAGCUGCUGAUGGUAACGCUGAUCAUGAGCUACACCGUCCCGUUCCUCGGCUCCCUCUCCUUCAGCCACAUCUGUCAGCCUGCAGAGCGAGCGCUACUGGGCUACGAAACCUUCGAAUGCGUCCACUCGCUCUCGUCCCUCCUGCGCAAGCUGCUUGUGACCUACCUAAUCCUUCUAGGCAUUUAUGCGCUUCUUAAUUUUUACACCCUCAGCUGGAUUUUUCGCAGCUGUCUUCGAAAAUAUUCCUUCCACUCGCCGAAAGACAUUCCCGAUCUGAUCAAUGACCUGGCCUUCCUCAUCCACAUGCUGGAGCAGUACGACCCGCUGCUGGUGCAGCGCCUCUCCGUGUUUCUGUCGCCGGUCAGCGAGAGCAGACUGCUGGAGCAGAGCCUGGAGAGGCACUGGGGAGAGGAGAAGCUCCAGGCUCUGACCAGCGUGGACGCAGAGGGCUGCAGCUCCCUGCAGCUCGUCGCCCUGCCUCGCCUCCCUCCGGCUCUGUUCACCCUCAGCCAGCUUCACGCCCUCAAACUGGAGCUCAUCGCUGAYGCCAGGUUUACUUCGCAGGUGGCAAACAUGACUUCACUCAGGGAGCUCCACCUUUACYACUGCCCCGCGGCUGUGGAUCCCGGUGCGCUCGCGGUCCUCCAGGAGCGCCUUGAGGUUCUCCACAUCACCUUCGCUCAGGCGUCACAGAUCCCCAGUUGGGUCCUCUCCCUCCACAACCUGCACGAGCUCCACCUUUCCGGUCGCUUGGGCAGCGAGGGCGGUGUUGGUCACGGCUGGGCUCUGGGGAGCCUGCGGCAGCUCCGCCACCUCCGCGUUCUGGUGAUCCACGGGAUGCUGCAGAGGGUUCCGUCAGAGCUGUGCGAGGUGGCGGGAAGCUUGGUGAAGCUGGAGAUACACAAUGAAGGCGCGAGGCUGCUUGUGCUGACGGGACUCAAGCGAAUGGCGGACCUGAUAGAACUCCGGCUGCAGGACUGCCAGCUGGACCGCCURCCCUCGGCCCUGCUCGCGCUGACUCACCUCCGGACGCUCGACUUGCAGCACAACAACUUGAGAACCCUGGAGGAACUGCUCGGUCUGGUCCACCUGCAGCGUCUCUCUUGCCUCAAACUCGCCUACAAUCGUGUGUUGGCGCUGCCGCCCACCGUCGGAGUCCUUCGAGGCUUGGAGCUUUUGGAUCUGUCCAACAACCAGUUGAAGAGUUUGCCCCCGGCGCUCUUCACGCUCCACCGGCUUCGUCGGCUGCUGCUGGCUGGCAACCUGUUACCUGAGCUGCCCUCUCAGGUCAAGGCGUUGGCGCUGCUGACAGAACUAGACCUGAGUGGAAACAGGUUAGAGAGCYUAACCUCUGACCUCUUCAGCUGUUUGGAGCUCCGCGUCCUAAACGUGUCUCGCAACUCGAUCGGUUCACUGCCCGGGGGAAUUUCAGCGUUGAGUCACCUGUCCARGUUGGAUUUGCGCAGCAAUAGUCUGGAAGAGCUGCCUUCGGAGCUGGGCUGCUGUCUGGGGCUCUGUGGAGGUGGGCUGCUGGUAGAGAGGUGGCUCUUCCUCUCCUUGCCUCCACACAUCAGGGACUUCCUGAGCUGUUCUUACGCCACCAACGAGGGAUACUUUGAGGAUCACUCCAGGCCAGAGUCGGACACUUUCCCAUACUCUCCCACUCAGUGGAGCUUCUCUUCAGCUCUAGAGUCACAGAUAUAAGGUUUAUAGAGAACUGUGACCCGACACCUGAGUAAAAUUUAACAUUUUAACUAAA